AUGGAUGUGAUAAAAUCGCAGCAAAUGUCAGGCCGGCCAAUUGAAAAAGUCGUGGUUCACCCGCUGGUGUUGCUCAGCAUAGUUGAUCACUACAACAGAGUCGCCCGGGACACCAACAAACGCGUUCUAGGGGUUUUGCUCGGCACCUCUUUUAGGGGAACCGAAAGAGGAACCGUUGACGUCACCAAUAGCUAUGCUGUCCCUUUUGAAGAAGAGGAUAAGGAUUCUAGUAUCUGGUUCCUUGACCACAAUUAUCAUGAAGCAAUGUUUUCGAUGUUUCGGCGAAUUAAUGCCAAGGAGCAUGUUGUUGGUUGGUACAGUACGGAUGUGUUUAACCUGCUUCCAAAUCUCAAUGUAUCUGAAUUAAUAAAAUCAUUUGCGGUGAAAACAAAUAAUCAAAUGCUGGUUAUAUACCUUUCUUCCCUUAUCAGAAGUAUCAUUGCACUGCACAACUUGAUCAACAACAAGAUGCUUAACAAAGAGCACGAGAAUGCUGAAGAUUUAAACCAGUUGCUGUGCUGA